UUCCCUAUCAGCAAAACCCCUACACCCCCGGGAGCACCUCCACUGUCAUCCAGUGCUACCGCUGCGGGGACACCUGCAAGGGAGAGGUGGUGCGCGUCCAGAGCAAUCACUUCCAUAUCCGCUGCUUCACCUGCCAAGUGUGCGGCUGCGACCUGGCCCAGUCAGGCUUCUUCUUUAAGAACCAGGAGUACAUCUGCACCCACGACUACCAGCAGCUCUACGGGACCCGCUGCGACAGCUGCGGGGACUUCAUCACCGGAGAGGUCAUCUCUGCCCUGGGGAGGACCUACCACCCCAAGUGCUUCGUCUGCAGCACCUGCAGGAAGCCGUUUCCCAUCGGAGACAAGGUCACAUUCAGUGGGAAGGACUGUGUUUGCCAAAACUGCUCCCAUUCUCUCAUCAGCACCAAACCUAUCAAGAUCCACGGGCCCAGCCACUGCGCAGGCUGCAAGGAGGAGAUCAAGCAAGGCCAGUCUCUCCUGGCCCUGGAGAAGCAGUGGCACGUCAGCUGCUUCAAGUGCCAAACGUGUGGGAUCAUCCUCACCGGCGAGUACAUCAGCAAGGAUGGCAUCCCAUACUGCGAGUCCGACUACCAUGCCCAGUUCGGUAUCAAGUGCGAGACCUGCGACCGGUACAUCAGCGGCAGGGUCCUGGAGGCAGGAGGGAAGCACUACCACCCCACCUGUGCCAGAUGUGUCCGCUGCCACCAGAUGUUCACAGAAGGAGAGGAGAUGUACCUCACAGGCUCCGAAGUGUGGCACCCCAUCUGCAAGCAGGCGGCCAGAGCAGAGAAGAAGCUAAAGCACAGAAGGACGUCGGAAACCUCCAUCUCACCCCCUGGUUCCAGCAUCGGCUCCCCGAACCGUGUCAUCUGCGCUAAAGUGGAUAAUGAGAUCCUUAAUUACAAAGACCUGGCAGCUCUUCCCAAGAUUAAAGCCAUCUAUGAAGUGCAGCGUCCUGACCUCAUUUCCUACGAGCCCUAUCACAGAUACACAUCGGAUGAGACGCUGGAAAGAUAUAGCUAUGGGGAGUCCCUGGGGACCCUCUCCCCGUACUCACAGGACAUCUACGAGAGCUUUGACACACGACAGAGGCGAGCCUCCAGCCCUGGCUACAUUGACUCCCCCACCUACAGCCGCCAGGGCAUGUCCCCCACCAUCCCGAGGUCCCCCCACCAUUUCUACCGCUCAGGCACCGAGAGCGGGCGCAGCUCCCCCUACUAUAGCCAGUUAGAUGUGAGGUCCUCCACUCCAACCUCAUACCAGGCGCCCAAGCAUUUCCACAUCCCAGCGCCCGCCGCUCCCUCCCCCCAGAGUCGUCUGGGCUUGCCAGAUGCCUGCUCCCCUUCUGCAGGGAUUGCAGGGGGCCACCAG